UAACAGAGGUGAUACCAAAAUAAAUUUGAAACAGAACAUUUCGUCAUUCUGCACAAUUACGCACGCUCAUCAAUGGACACACUUUGUCCUUGCCAAGACAUUUUCAGUAGAAUGAACUCCAAAGAGGCCUGAGAGAUUUUUCGUGUGCCGUGGAUCAUUUUUUUUUUUUUUUUUGCAUGCUUAAAUAGUCGGUAUUCGGCAGCCUAUAGGCUAUCCAACAUGUCUUUUGACGUCACACGUCAACUUUUGAGAUAUAUACGCGCGCACUGCGGUUUUUAAGUUUCUAUCUUUCGGGCCGAAAAGUAGGAGGGCUGUCAGGGUGGACAACAAGAAAUAAAAUCGUAUUUUAUAGGUCAGGUAUUUUGGGAAUAUGCCUUCGGCGUGCCACGUGCGUAAUGACGAGUAUGCCUCUAAAUAGAAAAAUUAAGGCGUUGAGGCUUUAUGAAGGAAAAAGAGCAUGUCAGAGUAGUUUAGCCUGAGGGGGGGCUGUGGAAAGAAAUUACUCAUUUCUCACACCAACACCGGCACAUCCGUGCGCAUCUAUGUCACCACCGGACGGGUCUCCAAGUCCAUGGAUAAAAAGGAACAGAAGGCAGCAGAAUGGUUGUUGUGGGAGCGAGUAACGCAACUUUCGGUGGUGGCAACAUGAGGUCGUCGUUCAUGAUAGAAGAUAGAGCCGGUGGUGGAGAUCCCGGGGGCUCCACCAACAUCAUGAUCUCGGAGGCUCUUGCGCCCCGGCUGCUGAAGAUUGCGCAGGGCGCCGCAGAGGCAGCGGCAGCAGCGGCAGCAACGACUUCUCCAACCACGUCCAGUCAGCCGCAGGUCAUGGAGACGAACGGGACCCGGUGCGGCGAGCAGAUCCUGAGCUACGGCCGGUUUGAGAAAGUCCUGAUCGGCGGGGUGCUCACCAUGCUCACACUGUCCACCAUCUGCGGGAACUUACUGGUGGUCAUCUCCGUGUGCUUCGUCAAAAAGCUGCGCCAGCCGUCCAACUAUCUGAUCGUUUCGCUUGCCGUGGCGGACCUGUCAGUGGCUCUGGCCGUGAUGCCGUUUGUCAGCAUCACGGACUUGAUUGGCGGUCAGUGGAUAUUCGGACAGUUUUUCUGUAACGUUUUUAUCGCCAUGGAUGUGAUGUGCUGCACCGCGUCCAUCAUGACUCUGUGCGUAAUCAGCAUUGACAGGUAUCUGGGUAUCACAAAACCCCUGACGUAUCCUGUCCGGCAAAACGGCUGCUGCAUGGCCAAAAUGAUCUUGUCAGUGUGGCUCCUCUCAGCCUCCAUCACCCUGCCCCCUCUGUUCGGCUGGGCGCAGAACGUCAAUGACGGAAGAGUUUGCCUCAUCAGUCAAGACUUUGGCUACACUGUCUACUCUACAGCUGUGGCGUUCUACAUCCCCAUGUCAGUGAUGCUGAUCAUGUACUAUAGGAUCUACCGGGCAGCCAAGCUCAGCGCUGCCAAGCACACCAUCACUGGCUUCCCCAGGGACGGGGAGCAGAGUGCAGGGGUGGCUCCUCGGGGGGGAAGAGGGGGGCAUGAUGCUCACCGGCCAGCAGCAUCAGGAGAAACAGUUAGUGUCGAAGGGACAGAGGCUGAAGAGGAGGAACCUGAGGAAGAGGAGAGCUUGGACUGUGUGGCAGCGGCGUUAAAGCUCCAGCGUGAGGUGGAGGAGGAGUGCAGCACGCGCGUCUCUCGCCUCCUCAAGACCGGCGAACACCACCAACGCCGGCAUAGGAAAAACCAGUCCAUCUUCAAACGGGAGCAGAAGGCUGCAGCCACUCUGGGCAUCGUGGUGGGCGCCUUCUCCUUCUGUUGGCUGCCGUUCUUCUUGGUGUCCACUGCAAGGCCGUUUGUCUGCGGCGUGGAGUGCAGCUGUGUGCCGCUCUGGCUGGAAAGAACUCUGUUGUGGCUGGGAUACGCCAACUCCCUCAUUAAUCCUUUUAUUUAUGCAUUUUUCAAUCGUGAUCUGAGGACCACCUACAGUAACCUCCUGCGGUGCCGCUACAGGAACAUCAAUCGGAAGCUGUCAGCGGCUGGCAUGCACGAGGCUCUGAAACUGGUGGAGAAGCCAGACACUGAUGUGUAAAGCUGUAGGUCUGCCAAUCAACGAUGCUGCAGAGACCAACAGAGACAACUGCCAGGGAGAAUGCCUAGUGGGGUUUAGACUGCGGCACAAGGCCACCACGCUGCCAGAAUGGUUAUUUCCCCAAAUUUGUGAAAUGAUUGCUCAGGUGAGAUGAGGCAGGAUGCUGUGAUUAAAUGGGUGCACGUGAAGGAACACUGAAGAAGCCUAAAUCUUAUUAUCUGGGGAUCGCGGAAAAAAUUGAGGGAACGUUGUGAUGAAUUCAUAUUGUCUGAAUAGUGGCUGCUGCAGUGCACUCACUGCUACUGAACAAUUAUGGCCAGCUACUGUAACAAUGGUCGCUACGUUGGUGCAUUCACAACUGGUUGCUACCCUACUGAACAGUCUUUUGCACAUGACACUGUUACAAAAGUUGGUGGAGCUACACACUGACUUUGCACUCUCACCACCAUGAGUGGAAACUUUUCUACCGCAGCAGUCAGUGUCUUGAAUUUUCAGACUGAGCCAAGGAAAACUAACAAACAAAAAUGGAGGAGUUCUUGGAGAGCAAGCGGCCCAUGAGGCUACAACACCAAAUGUGUUCACCUUGGUCCCUGGUCAUCACAGUGACACUAUUUUUCACUGCUUCUAAAUGUUGAGUUUCCUUCAGUGGACAAGCAUGAUAACAAGAGGACAAUAAAAGCUCAACUGACAUGUAAAAUUUGUACACAAGUCGACAGCCGUGCUGUUUCUGGGACAAACCUUAUUUCAGAGGUCCUCUGACGAUCUACCAGACCUGACAUGAGUUUAUAUCUUUUGAAGAAGCUUUUUUUGUUAAUACCACAAUGUGUUGAAUGUGCCAAAACUUGCUCCCUUUUCCUCUUCUCAAGUCCUGACCACGACUUCGUUGAAAAACGAUUUAUCAAUCAGCAUCGGAUGUUUUAUAACCAGGCUGCUCACUCGAUGAUGUGAGGAACUAGUAGGUGAUAUCACAGGAUGGAAGCCAACACAGUAGAGAUGUAAAGAUGUAUAGAGAAAAAUCAUCACUUAGGACUUAUUUGAAUGUGCCUGUGCCUUUUACUCAGUCAUCGUUAAAGGUUGAUUUACAGCACAGAAGAGUCUCUUUUCAAACUAUGCACCUCGUGUUUUAGAUUUGACACAGUGUGUGACAGUCCUGUGAGCACUCCCGAGUCGGUCGUGGCUCAGUGUGAGCCUUGUUGUGUAUUAUGUCACACAAUAGCUUGUGAGCCAGGCGCUAUCCAGACAAAAGCUAAUGGAGGAGUGGUUCAUGGUUAAAACUGAGAUUUCAGGAUGGUCUGCUUUUCUCUUGUAGAUUUUUUUUAUUUCAGUGACACUAUUCCAAUCCACACCCAUGUCAUACCAAGUCAUUAUCAGUUCAACAGCUGGUUAUUUCUGGUCUAAAGAAUGUCAGAAAAUACACAAUAAAUGCCAAAUGACAAUUUCUCAGACCCCAAGGUGAUGUCGUCGAAUUCCUUGUGUUGUCUGACCAACAGCCCAAAGAUAAUCAAGUUCCAGUGAUAGACAACAGACUGAACAUUGCAUUUGGGGGGCUGUUACCUGCAAAUUGUGGGCAGUAUAUAACUUAAAACCCCUAGAAAAUGCACUGCGUUCCAAAAGUAUACUUUUUACUUUUAGUAUGUUAGGCCUUUACAUAGUACAUACUGUUGCAUGAAGUAUGCACACAAUCAGGACAUACUGCAUCAUCAUUACAUUGCGCCCUGAACUUUGCCCCUAUUGCUCAUAUAUCCAUUACCUUGAUGAUAAAACAA